AUGAGCAGCGAAGAAUCCAAAGCUGCUCAUAAUGGCCCUGCCACCCCUCAGUUCGAGGCGAUUGAUCCGAACUCGGGCACCGAUCAUCGCGAUUUCUCGGUCUUCACUGUCGGCGAGAAGCGUGCAACCGUUGCAGUCGGCUCUUUGGCUGCAUUUUUCUCCCCAUUGUCCUCCAGCAUCUAUUUCCCCGCUCUCGACACCGUCGCAAAAGCUUUGGGCGUGUCAAUUACCAAAGUGAACCUGACCGUGACAACGUAUUUGAUUCUGCAGGGAAUUGCACCGAUGUUGAUUGCAGGUUUCUCCGACACUGCAGGUAGACGACCGGCAUACAUCAUCUGUUUCACAAUUUAUCUCGCCGCCAACCUCGGUCUCGGCCUUCAAAACAGUUACGCGGCUCUGCUGGUGUUGAGAUGCAUUCAGAGUGCAGGAAGCAGUGGCACCGUGGCACUGGCAAAUGGCUUGGUGGGAGACAUGGUCACCUCUGCCGAACGAGGCUCCUAUAUUGCUUUUGCUUCCCUGGGAGGAAUGCUGGGCCCUUCGCUCUCACCCAUCAUCGGCGGUCUGAUCAGCCAGUACCUUGAUUGGCACUGGCUGUUCUGGUUCUUGCUGAUUUUAUCUGAGACGUGCCGUAACGUUGUCGGCGAUGGGUCAAUUCCACCUCCACCGAUGAUGUCCUCGGUCACCGACUAUAUUCGUCAUCGACGGCGCAAAAGGAGAGGCGAAUCCGCGACCCCGGAAGAAAUCGCCGAAGUACGAAAGAACCACGCCUUUCGUUUCCCGUCUCCCCUCCCCACCUUGAAAGUCGUAACCGACCUGGAGACCGGGGCAAUCUUGCUCGUCACGGGCUUGAUGUAUGCCGGCUUUUACGCCGUCAUGACCGGAGCCACAUCAUCGUUCCACGACGUCUACCAUUUUAACAACAUCCAGACUGCACUGAUGUAUCUACCUCUCGGCAUCGGGGGGAUCUGUUCUGCUUUCACAACCGGACGUUUGGUGGAUUGGAAUUAUCGUCGUCACGCCAAGCGGGCCGGGAUUCCAGUGGUGCGAAGCAGGGCGCAAAAUCUCAACAACUUUAAUAUCGAGAAAGCCAGACUCGAAAUCGCGUUGCCCUCGUACUACCUGAGCACGUUGUGCAUGGUCGCUUAUGGGUGGGUCAUGGGUCGCCAGGUCAAUCUGGCCGCUCCGGUGAUUCUUUUGUUUAUCAGUGGAUGGUCUCUCAACGCCACCUCGCAAGUGUUAAAUGCUCUGAUGGUGGAUAUUUGGCCAGGGCGGUCAGCUGCGGCGACUGCGGCCAACAACCUGAUGCGCUGUGAGCUCGGUGCUGCGGCAUCCGCUGCGAUCAAUCCAAUGCAAGAGACCAUGGGCUGGGGCUGGGCAUACACGACUCUGGGUUUGAUCUCGGUUGCCGCGUCGCCGAUCUUGUGGCUCAUGAUGCGCUAUGGAAUCAAAUGGCGGCAGAGGCGAGCGCGGAAGGAAAAUGUGCGUGAAGCCAAGUGA